AUGGUUUGGCGGAAGUCCGAACGAGAGUCGAAUCUAGUUCAGCAGAAUAAACAGCAUGAGGCCGAAAGAAAGAAACUCCUCGAGGGCAUCACACCCAUCAAGAUUAAGAAAAAUAUCAGGGAUCGGCAAUUGGCUACACAGGCCGCUGACACCACUGGCUCAUUGAAUUCUCUGGUCAGAAGAAUGGGAGAUGAAGUCAAGUUGAGUGAACAAACUACCACCAUUCUGAGUCAGUCCUCGGGGAUGCUAUCGGAUACCCAGGGUCAUAUGGGAACUAUUGGGCAGACAAUCAGAGCCAGUGGGAAGUUACUUCACAAGUAUGGACGUCGAGAAUUCACAGACAAGAUCUUGCUCAUGCUGGCCUUGUUACUCUAUUUUGGUGUUUGUAUUUAUAUCCUCAGAAAACGGGUUUUUAUAUUCAAAUUUCCAGACUGGUGGUGA